AUGCUGGUAUGUGACGCAUGUGGUUUAGAACUCACUCUGACAGAUACCACAUACGUAUGUCCAGAAGGGCACAUCUUAGAAAACAAAAUAGAGGUUGAAAACGAAGCAGUGCAGACAACUACUGAAAAAAUAGCAAAGGACAUUCUAGAUCCCGUUUCAAUCAUCAAAAGUACAUAUGGCACAGACUACACAUAUCUACUGCUCUUCUACUAUAUGUUCGAAGAUAUCAGGAUAUACCUGGGCAUUCAGUCGUCAAAAUACUUCGACAUAUUUCUCAACUUCAUAAUGGAAAAGCAUGAAAAGAAGCUUGAUAAGUCAUAUAUUACAAUUCAAACGCUCAGAGCGCUCACAUACUAUUCAAAAAGAAUAGAGGCUGAGGCAAAAAGCCAGACAUACUUAUACCUGGACUACUACAUUGCAAUGGAGGCAUAUCCAUACAAAAAACGCAUAGAUGAAAAGGCCAACGCACUUAAAAUAAACAAGAGGCUCAAAAUGGGCCUUCAAGCAUCUGGGUUUGGCUUGAAUACUAUAAGCAUGAUUCUGGGAUACUUCGGGCAGGCAGGCACCGAAUUAAGAAACUAUGCAAUAAAGAAGGAUCUGUUGCUGUUCAAAAACGAAUCUGGGAUUCCAGAUGCAGUUCUUGAAAGAAAUAAAGUUUGCUUCAGAAUGGAUCUGAGGAGAGACUACAAGAUGAUGCUUGCAUACCUUCGAAGGAUAUGCGAAGUCAUUCUUCUGAGUAUUACCAAGGACCUUAUAAGCAAAUUUAAAAUAUUCUUCUAUGCAUCUGACUACACUAAAACAAUUCAUAUACCUGAGAUUGAAAUAUGCGUAUUUUUGUAUGUCUAUAUAAUGAUGUAUCGGCGAGACUUCGAUGUCAUAAAUGCCAAUCGCAAUCUCAAGGAAGUCAUCCUCAAGGACUACGACUCGGCAUUCAAAAAACAGCAUUCGGAUGGCAUUGAAGAGCGUGAAAAAGCAGCAAGAAACCACCAGUACACACACCAAAGCUUUCAGAACGGUGUAAAAUCGCUGGUGUUCAAAAUCACAUGGCUAAACUAUCUUACAUUGAAUAUAAAGAUAAAUGGCCUGAGGAAACUCCUCUUCGAAUGCAAAGACAUUCACAAGUAUCACAAAAAACACUGUAAUGCCGAAAAAAACAUACUGAAGCAAAAUAUAAAGUACAUAAAGAUUCUAAUGCUCCAAAAAAUCAGUAAGCUAUCUAAAAAUAAACUCUAG